AGGAAAAAAAGUAUUCGGGUUUAUAAAGAAAACGGUUGUACUGCGCCUGCGUAUGUUUGUGGUUGCCACGGUGACGACGGCGGGCUCAGUGGAGGGAGCAGGUUUGACAGCAGCACAGGAGAAAGACCCAGGCCAUAGAGCAGCACCCAUCAUACAUACCACCGCCGCUCAUCAACACAGACGUGGCGAUGGAGAGUGCAACGGCAGUGCUGUUCCCCGGAGAAUCUGAGGGGUACGUCCAGAGUUUGGAAACUUACCCACUCAAAGAAAUUGGAAGCGCCCGAUGGUUCAGACAGCACGAAUACAUCGAGAAGCUGAACAUGCAGGCUAUCCUGAACGCUACUGCCAGCCAGGAUGAGUUUGUGAAGGAGCACCUCAUCUCCUACAGCAAGAUCCCCACUCUGAUUUAUGAAGUGAUCUCUGUAGAAAUUUGGAAACAUAAAGUGUUCCCAAUCUUAUGUCAAUUGCAGGACUUCAACCCUAAAAGCACCUUCCCUAUAUACAUGGUGAUUCAUCAUGAAGCCACCAUUAUCAACCUCCUAGAGACUGUCCUGUUCCACAAGGAGUCCUGCGAGGCUGCAGAGGAGGCUGUUCUGGAUCUCCUCGAUUACUGUCUUCGGAAAGUCACCUGUCUGGCCGCUCAAACUGUGACUGGGGAGACGCCGACCCAGGACAAACUGACCCAGAGUGACCACUCGGACACAGCCACACUGCAGGAUCUUCAGGAACAGAGCACAGCACUCGAGUUUGAUGUAUCACUAAAGGCCCUCUCCAUCCUGCGCUACAUCACUGAUCACAUAGACAGUUUAACUCUGAGCACCCUAACCAGGAUGCUGAACACACACAACCUGCCCUGUGUGCUGGUGCAGUUAGUGGAGCACUGCCCCUGGAGCCGACGCACUAAAGGUCAGUUAGAGAAGUACAUGGAUGGGAAGUGGUACCAGGUCCCCAAAGUGGACCAGCUGAAGAUGACUAAGCUGGACGGCCAGGUGUGGAUCUGUCUGCUCAACCUGCUGCUGAGACCGGAGUGCCAGCAGAAGUAUGACUUCAACGACUUCAACAAGGGCCAGCUAUUAAAGCUGCGAGGCUUCCUCACAGAAGUCCUGAUCGACCAGCUGCCCAACCUGGGCGAGUUACAACGCUUCCUCAGCCACCUGUCUGUGACUGAUCCCGCUCCUCCAAAGAGGGACCUCAUUUUGGAGCAGAUCCCUGAGAUUAUGGACAACAUUCUGAAGGAGAAUUCCGGUAAAUGGAAAGCGAUCGCUAAGUACCAGGUGAAGCAAGCAUUCGACCCUUGUGAUGAGGACCUGCAGCAGCAUGCACGCAGACUGGCACAGACCUACAACCUGGAUGUGAUGGAAAACCUGAUCCCAGAGAAACCCAAGUGUGGCUUCUGUGGUUCGGAGGCGUCUAAGCGCUGCUCCCGCUGCCAGGGCGAGUGGUACUGCCGCCGGGAAUGUCAAGUCAAACACUGGCAGAAGCACAAGAAAGCAUGUGAGCUAAUGGCUGAAACUGUGAGUAAACUCCAGGGGGACUUGAAGAUCGAAGCAUAGAAAACCAGCAAAACAGCACAGAACAAGCAACUGGGAACUGAUGCACCAUCCCUGCUUAUAGGAGCGGGGAGACUCAUCUUCAGAAACUACACACAUUAAAUAAGAACAUGAGAUUCCCAUCCUAGUCUGGAAUGGGGAAGGUAUACUUGAACUGCAGCAGUUUGUGCAGAACUGGAUUGCAAUUUGCAACUUGCAACUUCAUUCCCAGCUCUUCCAGCAGGGGUCACUCUUGGACAGAGGGAUUUCUUUGGUGCUGUGAUGGGAUUGUCAUCCUGAUCUGAUCCAUGUAACCGUUAGCAGAGUUUGAACAAGUCCAAUUUAACAACGUAAACAGCAAAAGAAAGAGAGGAAGCCCCAAGGUCCAGCAGCUGUUUUGUACACAUUUAUGUAAUUUGUAAACUAGUAAAAAUAUAUAUAGUUAAAAUAAGCCUGGUAUUGUGUUUUUAAAUCUCUGUCUCUUAUCGUUCAAGUGACGUUGUUUAUUUAGGAGUUGAAUUGUGACUUAACACAAUUCAAUGCCUAUCAGUUACAACUCCUACACUUCCAGCAGGACCCGCCAGUGAAUGCAGUAGCUGCAUGUUCCAUGUCUACUCAACUGACGGAUUGUCCUAAUUCCAUAAUCCAACAAAGUACUGCAAAGGAAAAUCUGUUUCCAAUGGGAUGUAAUUCCAAGCCUCUAAAAAAAUGUGCCAAAGAAUAAACGUGAAACAGACACAGAAUUCGUAUCUACUAUCAUGCAUUUCCAAGGAUCCCUCCUCCUGUGGAUGGUAACAAGAUGUUGUGUUUUUCCUUGUGUGUGGAAACUGCUGUUGCUAGCUGACGUCACAGCCAGUCGACAAUAGCUUUUCCCUGGAAUCCUUACCGGUGUCCCGAGUCUCAUGGAGAUGUUAGCUGGCAGACAGGGUUCCAGUAGUGUGUAUGCUUUCUGUAUAUCGUUUACAUUAAAUGAGAAAGCAUUUA